AUGUUCUUGGCGUGGUUUGAGUUGUGUAAGGUUGAUGCAUUCGCCCGGACUCUUACAUAUGUGCAGAUUCCCAACUACUACACAUAUUCGAAGAGCCAGAAGAAGUUCAAUAGAAGGAAACAAGGAUUUAGUGUUGGAAGAAUUAAUUAUGCCCCACGUAAGCAAGAAAGUUCUUAUUAUCUUAGAGUGUUGUUGAACUAUGUCAGAGGUCCUACGAGCUAUGAAGACAUUAAAACCUACAAAGAUGUCGUUUAUGAAGGCUACAAAGACGCAUGUUAUGCUCGAGGAAUAUUGGAUGAUGACCAGGAGUAUAUCGAUGACUUAGUGAGACGUAGUUAUGAUAGCUCUGCAACUGUGGUUCGUGAUCUUUUUGUUCUGAUGCUCAUGUCAGAUAGUCUAUGUCAGCCAGAGAAAGUUUGGGAACAGACUUGGGAACUGUUAUCCGAAGAUAUUGAGUAUUCACGCAGAAAGCAUUUCAACAGGCCAGGACUUAUUCUAAGUGACGAUGAGAAGAAACUACAUGCUCUCAUUGAGAUUGAGAAGCUUCUUAAAAGGAGUGGGAGUUCACUUUCCUUAUAUGAAUCUAUGCCAAAGCUUCCUGAAAAUGCCAAACCUAUCGAAAAUGUUUUGAUCUUGGAUGAACUAAGUUAUGAUCUUGAAGAGAUGCAAUCCACUCAUGAUAUAGAUAUUAUGAAGAUGACUGAGGAACAAAGAAAGAUAUAUGAUGAGAUCAUUUGCGCUGUUCUAAAAGAUAGAGGCGGUAUGUUCUUUGUUGAUGGGUUUGGUGGCACUGGAAAAACUUUUCUUUGGAAACUGCUCUCAGCUGCGGUGAGAUGUAGGGGAGAUAUAGUUCUAACUACUGCAUCUAGCGGAAUUGCUUCUCUGUUGUUACAAGGUGGAAGGACUGCUCACUCCCGUUUUGGCAUACCUAUCAAUCCUGAUGAGUUUAGUACAUAUACAUUGCCUCAUGGAUCAGAUAAAGCUAAUUUGAUCAAGGAAGCUUCACUUAUUAUUUGGGACGAAGCACCAAUGAUGAGCAAACAUUGUUUUGAGUCUUUAGACAGGAGUUUGAAUGAUCUUAUGGGAAAUCACAGUAAAAAACCAUUCGGUGGAAAGGUUAUUGUGUUUGGAGGUGAGUUUCGACAAGUACUUCCUGUUAUUACUGGAGCUGGGAGGGCGGAGAUAGUGUUGGCUGCCAUGAAUUCGUCAUAUCUCUGGGAAUAUUGUAAGGUUCUCAAACUAACUAAGAAUAUGAGAUUGUGUUCAGACAAUCUAACAUACGAAGAGGCCAGAGAUCUAAAAGAAUUUUCGGAGUGGAUUUUGGCUGUUGGUGAUGGGAGAAUAGCUGAGCCUAAUGAUGGGGAUGCAUUAAUUGAUAUUCCAGAAGAGUUUCUGAUCAUGGACCCAAAAGACCCUAUAGAAACUAUAAGUCAUGCCAUCUACGGAGAUACUGAUUCAUUAAGAGGAAUGAAAGAUCCUAAGUUUUUCCAGGAGAGAGCGAUUUUAUGUCCAACUAAUGAGGAUGUUAAUAUGAUUAAUGAUCAUAUGUUAUCGAAACUUGAUGGUGAAGAAAUGAUUUAUAUCUCAUCUGACAGUAUUGAUCCAUCAGAUACCGCUUCAGUCAACAAUGACGCCCUAAGUACUGACUUCCUAAACAGCAUUAAAGUUUCUGGCCUACCAAACCAUAGCUUGAGAUUGAAGAUUGGUUGUCCUGUUAUGUUGCUUAGGAAUAUUAAUCCAAAUGAAGGUUUAAUGAAUGGAACCAGAUUGCAAAUUACUCAACUUAUGGAUUUUAUGGUUGAAGCUAGAAUCAUAACUGGAGAGAAGGUUGGUAAGACCGUUUAUAUCCCAAGAUUGUUGAUCAAUCCAACAGAUAAAAGACUUCCUUUCAAGAUGCGUAGAAGACAGCUACCUUUAACAGUGGCUUUUGCAAUAACCAUCAACAAAAUUCAAGGACAAUCACUAUCUGAGGUUGGAAUAUUUCUUCCUAGGCCAGUUUUUUCUCACGGACAGCUUUAUGUUGCGAUUUCAAGGGUAACGUCAAAGAAAUGUUUGAAAAUUCUGAUCGUGGAUAAAGAAGGAAAGCCACAGAAGAAAACUAUGAAUGUUGUCUUCAAAGAGAUUUUUAAUAAUCUUCAGAAAAGAGAGCUUCUACAAGUACCUCAAUCACAAAGCAAUGUUGAGAACCUUUCAGGCAGAUCGCAAGCGUCUUCACGAGUCUUGGAAGCAAAUUUAUAUGGAGAAGAAGACGAACACCAAGGAACAAAGUCAAAGUGCAAUUUGUGGCUAGCACUAUGUGUUCGAUUGUAUGCGGAGAAUCUAUGA